AGAUAAUGGGCCAGACGAGAGCCGCGCCCGGCAGCAGGAAGGCGAUCACACGACGUUAUGCGCGCGAUGAAGUCGCGGACGUGGGUGCUCGUCGUCGCGGCUUGCUGUCUGUCGACGGCGUGGUCGCCGCUGGUCUCCGGCCAGGAGGAGGCCUUGCCCGUGGAGGCGCUGCGUCCGGCGACCACCGAGCCCCCGCCGUGGGCCCCCGAGUCCCCGGGCUCCUCGAAGGGCAACUCCUCGAAGGACGAGGCCUGUCCGCGCGGCGGGGAAGACGUGGAGGUGUUCGUCCCGGCGGAGGAAGAAGCAGCGGCGAAGGUCGCCCCCAGGAGCGCGCGGGCGGGGCAGCUGAGGGACGGGGAGGAAGAACCAGGAGACCAGGACGUCGAGGUGUUCCCCGUCGAAGGGUCCUCGUCGGCUCCGGGACAGCCGCCGCCGCAGGGGACCGACGUAGACGUCGACGCCCCAUCAGCGGCCGCCGGGCCCAAGGUGGACCUCAAGUCGCAGAACCUCGAGGACAUCGACUACACCAACUACGACUGCCUGGCGACGAGGUACGCCCCUUCCACGCAGCGGCUGCGACAGGGCGACCGCGCCUACGUCAUCUCGGACACGCGCCUGCGCUCCAUCCGCAGCGAGUUCCUGUACUGCUUCUUCGACCAGGGCGGCGACGACGGCAACGGCGACUACCAGACCGACAUCCACUCGUCCAUGCCGCAGGUGCACAAGAACUUCAACUUCCAGCUGCCUUUCUUCGGCUUCCGCUUCAACUACACGCGGGUGUCGAUGAACGGCUUCCUGGAGUUCAGCGACCCCCCCGAGCACUACACGUACCCCCUGAGCUUCCCGGUGAAGGACUGGCCCAAGAAGAACGACCCCUCCUUCAUCGGCAUCUUCUUCAGCAAGACGCGCAUCGGCCGGCUGCGGCCGACGGACGUGGACCAGCGCCGGCCCGGCGUGUACUACCGCGUGGAGCGCGACUUGCAGACGCGCACCGACCAGUUCGGCGUGGAGAUGCGCGAGCGCGUCAUGUGGGACGUGCGCGAGGCGGUGGUGGGCGCAGACACCUUCGUGCCCAAGCACGCCGCCGUCGUCACCUGGAAGAACAUGUCCUUCGCCGGCGGCAUCGACAACUCGCUGUCCACGACCAACACGUUCCAACUGGUGCUGGCGACGGACGAGGUGUACACGUACGCCAUCUUCAACUACGUGGAGAUGCAGUGGCUGUCGCACACGGAGGCGGGAGGGGACACCACGACCGGGGCCGGGGGAGUGCCCGCCUACGUGGGCUUCAACGCGGGCAACGGCACGCGCGCCUACGAGUACAAGCCCUACUCGCAGGACUCCGUCAUCAGGGACCUGGUGGGCCGCGGCUGGGCGAACGGCUUCCCAGGCCGCCACGUGUUCCGCAUCGACGAGCGCAUCAUGCUCGGCACCUGCAACAAGGACCUGGCCGGCUCAAACUUGCCUCUGGUGUUCGCGCCAGAGAGCGGGAACAUGCUUGGCGGGACGAUAGUCAACAUCACGGGUCCUUGCUUCGAGAAGGGCAUGAGGAUUACCUGCAGGUUCGACACGGUUGACGUCAUAGGCACGGUGGUCGACACGAACAGAGCCAUCUGCGUCCAGCCCUUCGUGAUGGCCGAGGGCUACAUCCGGUUCGAGAUCUCGUACGGCGAGAACAUGUACAACUGGAAGGGCAAGUACUUCAUCGAGACGCCGGCCACGGCGAUCGAGCGGAUCCACUUCGAGACGCGCGACGUGCACGAGCGCUACCCGGCCGAGAUCAAGAUCACGUGGAGCGCGCAGAACCUCACCACCAACCUGAACGCGCCCAUCCAGAUCUCGCUGUGGGGGUACCGCGAGACCACGAUCCGCCCGGAGCGCCUCUACAUCGACAUGCUGGAGACGAGCGCAUCAAACACUGGAACGUACGUGAUCUCGCCCGCGAACUACAGAUCGAGGAACAACCUCGCAACCAGAGAUCUCCAAUUUGGUUUCAUCAUGAUCAAUUUGACCAACCCCAUCAACUACGAAGGACUCACCAUUUCUCCGGAGCUGUGGAGCCGGCCCAUCCCGCUGUCGUGGUACUUCAGCCCGCAGUGGGAGCGCAUGUACGGCACCGCGUGGUCGCAGCGGCUGUGCAACAACUGGCUCACCAACGACCGCUACCUGAAGAACUUCGCGGCCGAGGUGCCGCAGUGCCCCUGCACCCUGGAGCACGCGCUCUACGACAAGGGCCGCUUCAUGCCGGACUUCGACUGCGACAAGGACAUCAACCCGGACUGCUUCUACCACAGCGGCGCCGUGCACUGCGUGCGCACGGGUGCGCCCAGCAUGCAGGGCUCCGGCCAGCAGUGCUGCUACGACAAGAACGGCUACCUCAUGCUGACCUACGACCAGCAGUGGGGGUCUCGACCGCACCGCUCGCACAACCUGGGCUACCUGCCGUGGAACGAGGCCAACAAGGUGCCGACGCUGUCGCACUGGUUCCACGACAUGGUGCCCUACUACCUGUGCUGCUACUGGCAGGAGGAGCAGGCCGUGGGCUGUGAGACGUACCGCUUCGAGCGGCGGCCGACGCAGGACUGCGUGGCCUACCAGUCGCCGGGAGUGGCGACGGUGUUCGGCGACCCGCACGUCAUCACCUUCGACAACCUGGAGUACACGUUCAACGGCAAGGGCGAGUUCGUGCUGGUGCGCGCCGUGCUGCGCGACACUGAGCUCAACGUGCAGGGCCGCUUCGAGCAGCUGCCCAACAACUUCUACGGCGAGGUGAUGGCCACCCAGCUCACGUCCAUCGCAGCGCAAGACAACUCCUCGUCGGUGAUCGAGGUGAGGCUGCGGCCCUCGCACGCGCAGUGGAGGUACCGCAUGGACGUGUUCGCCGACGGCCGCCGGGUGUACUUCGACCGCACGUCUCUGCGCUCCCAGCACUUCUUCGGAGUGACGGUGUACCAGCCCAGCUACGUGCUCAACCAGUCGCAGAUCGUCAUCAUGUUCGAGUCGGGGGCCGGCGUGGAGGUGGUGGAGAACCGAGGCUACAUGACGGCGCGAGUCUACCUCCCGUGGACCUUCAUCAACCAGACGCUGGGACUGUUCGGAAACUGGAGCUUCGACGUGACGGAUGACUUCACCUUGCCCAACGGCCAGAUCUCCGGCGUCAGCACCAACAUCAACAACUUCCAGAGGCUGCACCAGGACUUCGCGCUGAGAUGGAUGCUGGACGACAAGGCGCAGACGGGCAUCGGCGCCUCCCUGUUCUACAGGGAGUACGGCAGGUCGGCGAGCACCUUCAACAACGCCACGUUCACGCCGGAGUUCAGGGCGACCCUGCAGGAGAUCAUCCCCGCCAACAGGUCCGCCGACCGCGAGUACGCCAUCAGACUGUGCGGAGACUCCUACCAGUGCCUCUUCGACUACGCCCUGAGCCUGAAUAGAGACCUGGCCUUCUACUCCAAGAACUACCUGGACGACUACACACACAUCCGGGCCAUCAACGAGAGAACAACGAUCUCGUGCGGCGUGCUGGAGACGCCGCGCUUCGGCCGCAAGAGCAACUUCUUCUUCAUCCCGGGCACGAGGGUGCAGUUCGAGUGCAACCAGGACUUCGUGCUGAUCGGCGACCAGCGCCGGGAGUGCAUGGGCAACGGCCAGUGGGACCUGCCCGAGUACGGCUACACCGAGUGCCUGCGUCAGCAGGAGUACUCCUCGCGCGCCGCCUGGAUCACGUUCGGCGUCAUUCUCGCCGUGUUGGUACCGAUACUGUUUCUGGGGGCGGUGGUGGUCGCCUGCUACCGCAGCGGGCGCGCCACCGGCGACGGCUCCACCUCCUGGGAGUACGACCACCACCCCCUGCAGCAGGGGUUGUCCCGCGCCGCGCCCCUGGGCUCGCGACCCCUCCUCCCCUCCAGGCACGACGACCGCUCUGGCUCGGCGGGCAGUCUGCUAGGGGGGAGGUCCCGGCGCUCCUACGACCAGGUGUACCGCACCCACGAGCCCCUCCCCGGCAGGCCCCUGGUGGACUUCGAGGACAAGGUGUGGGACCUGGAGGAACCCGGGGACUCCCCUGCCGCGUCCGAGGCCCCCUCCUCCAGCGGCAAGCAGACCGCCAUCUGAGCCCCAUCUUGCUGCUGGGUGGUAGCCGCGCCCUCGGCGGCUCAUUGCAGUCGCCAUCUGCUGGUAACCUACAGUCGGUAACUGCUCCCCCGAUGACGUCCUUGACGGAUGAUUCGCCGACGUUUCGGUCGACAUAGCAGUCCGCCAUCAUCAGGGAGCAGUUGCCUACUGGUAACCUACAGUACGUAACUGCUCCCCCGGUGACGUCCUUGACGGAUGAUUCACCGACGUUUCGGUCGACAUAGCAGUCCGCCAUCAUCAGGGAGCAGUUGCCUACCGGUAGGUAACUGCUCCCUGAUGAUUCAGUAGGUAGCUUCUCCCUGAUGAUGGCGACUGCAAUGUCGACCGAAACUUCGGUGAAUUAUCCGCCAAGGACCUACAGUAGGUAACUGCUCCCUUGUGAUGGCGACUGCAUUGUCGACUGAAACGUCGGUGAAUUAUCCGCCAAGGACCUACAGUAGGUAACUGCUCCCUUGUGAUGGCGACUGCAUUGUCGACUGAAACGUCGGUGAAUUAUCCGCCAAGGACCUACAGUAGGUAACUGCUCCCUUGUGAUGGCGACUGCAAUGUCGACCGAAACCGUCGGUGAAUUAUCCGCCAAGGACCUACAGUAGGUAACUGCUCCCUGAUGAUGGCGACUGCAAUGUCGACCGAAACAUCGGUUGAAUUAUCCGUCAAGGACGCGGCUACAACCCAGAAGCCAAAGCUACUUCAGACAAUGGCCGUGAAAGCCUGAGGAACAUUAUCAUCUUGCUUCGUGUUUUUUUUUUUGCACGUGAUUUCAAAUAAAUUCAUGUCAUAACUAGAGACCAGAAAAGUUCGUGGAUUCAUUUUUCAUUCAUGCUGCUUUAAUUUACCUGAAGGAUUCUGAACCAAUAAAAACCCUUCAAAAUAAGUAUCAAAUCACAAGCAUCCCGGCUAAAAGAGUGUCACGAGUCAGUAGCCUAGAGGUAAUUGAAACCACAUAUUUUUCCUGUCUUUAAUCAUAAUCUUAUUUAACGAUUAAUAAAAGGUAUUUUGAUACCACGAGUUCCUAUUAAAUGGUUUUUAUGAACUCAGAGGCAAAUUUUAUAUGUAUUUCGUAGCAAUUACUGAAAGCAUGAAAUCAUGUAGUAUACAAUGGAUUAACAUUCGUAUUAACCAUUCGUUUUCUAACACUUAAUUUUUA